AUGAAGAGAGUUGGGAACCAACCAGCUAAAAUUCAAAAAAAGUAUAGAGUAGAAGAUGAUGCGAAAGAUCCUAUUCAAGUUUAUUGUCGAAUUCGUCCUGUACAGUCCAAUUUCGAAUCGUCAUGUAUCAAAGUUCUGUCUGAUACUGAAAUACAAAUAUAUUGCUCACCAGAUGAUAGAGGAAUAUCUAGAGAAGGACAAUUCAGUUACAAGAAAAUAUUCACUGAAUAUGAGUCCCAAGAUGUGGUCUUUCAAAAUAUGGGAUUGCCACUCAUUGAACAACUUUUGGCAGGAAAGAGUAGUUUAAUAUUUGCAUAUGGAAUAUCAGGUAGUGGCAAAUCGUACACAAUGACUGGCAACCAGGAUGACGGUGGUAUUGUUGGAAGAUGCUUCGAUGUCAUAUUCAAUUCUAUUCAAAAUUAUCAAGCAGGAAGGUAUACUUUUAAACCUGAUAAACUUAAUGGAUUUGAUGUACAUAGUAUGGAAGACAUUUUGUUUUUUAAAUCUGAGGAAUUCAAAAACAAUGUUAAAAACCCUACAAAAACAUCAAAAAAAAAAGACGGAGAUUCAGAUCGUGUACCAUUUAACUAUAAAGUUACAGAUAUAGAACAAGAUGUAGCAUAUUCAGUCUUUAUAAGCUACGUAGAAAUAUAUCAUAAUUAUGUUUAUGAUCUUUUAGAAGAUGUAUCUGAUGGAGAAAUAAGACGAAACAGUAAAAUAAUAAGGGAAGAUGCCAACGGAAAUAUGUAUGUUCAUGGAGUAAAUGAACAAGAAGUAAUUAAUGCAGUUGACGCUUUUGAAUGGUUAAGAAAAGGUCAAUUGAGAAAGCGUACUGCACCAACCUUUUUGAACAUGGACUCCAGUCGCAGUCAUACAGUUUUUACUAUACGAGUUGUACAAGCACCUUUGGAUACUGAUGGUAUAAGUAUAAUUCAAGAUAAGAAGUAUACAGUUGUGAGUCAACUGUCACUAGUAGAUUUAGCUGGAAGUGAACGAGCUGGGAAAGCAAAGACAACUGGACAAAGACUUCAUGAAGCUGGAGAAAUAAAUAAGUCACUAUCAAAUUUGAAACAAUGUCUUAAAAUAUUAUACGAAAAUCAGUCUUCUAGCAAUUUAAGGAAUAUUGCUGAGAAAAUUCCUUACAGAACAUCACGUCUUACACAUCUGUUUAAAAGUUUUUUUGAAGGUUCUGGUUCAAUCAGAAUGUUAAUUUGUGUUAAUCCUUUGUCUGAAUAUACAGAGCUUUUGCCUGUUCUACAAUUUGGUGAAAUGUCUGGAAGUGUUCAAGUCAAACGAACAACACCAUUACGUAUGGAUAUAGGCUUGACUCCAGGAAGAAGAAAAGUCAUUGAUAUUCAAUCUAUAAACCGCAUCCCGUGCGCAAUUGAGGAAGAUGCUAGAUUUCCACAAGACAAUAAAAUUAAUUAUGAAUUAAGAGAAAACUGUUUUGGAAGUUAUUUUAAUUUGGGACCUCCGUUGCCAGAUUGGGAAGUAGAUGAUUUACUAGAUGGUGAGAAGAGACAAGAAUUAGUUACUGCUCUUGAUCAGAGAAUAAAAAAAAAGGAUGAACUUCGUGAAAUAUUGAUUACUCAGAGUAAUGACAUUCGAUCACAGAUAGUAUUCUUAGAAAGCAAUUAUGCAGGUGCAAAACAAGAAAUAAAUUCACUGCAAAUUCUGAGGGACCAAGAUACCAAUAAAGUUAAGCAAUAUCAAAACAAAUCAUUUUUACUAGAAAAUGAAAUGGCGUCGCUAAAAAGAAAAUUAGAAUUUUUGGAUGGUGAGAACAAAAGAUUAAAAUCAGAUUUAAAUGCAAAAGACAACAUGCUAAAUCAAGUUUCAGUGGAUAAAGAUCUGUUAAAACAAAAGUAUAAUACUAAAAUUGUUAAAAAACAAGAACAGUUGUCCAGAGAGUUCAAAGAUAAAUGGAAGGUUCAAGAAAAUGAGUUUGAGGCUAAAUUACAAGAUAAGAAACGCAAAUUAAGACACAUCAAAAAUAUAGUGGAAAGCACAGAAAAUAUUCCUGGCCAUUUUUCCAGGCGUAUUGUGAAAAGAACCCUAUCUGAUGAAAGCUUAGUCAAAAUAGAGCCAGUUGUGAACAAUGAUGUACCCUCAGAUUCAAAACAAAACGAGCCAUCACAAGCAACAUUAAGAUACUUACGUUCAAGACGAUCUAAAUCGUGUGACCCACAUGAACGUUGGAUCGAACACAAACCUCCAGUUCCUAUUCCCUUGCAAACUAUCAUGCAACCCAAGAUGAAGAAGCGUAAAUCCGUUACCAAGUUGACAGAUGCCAAAACAGUAUCGAACAAUGGUGCAUCAAAAUAUUGUUUAUUGACACAAGGAUCGGAUGAACAAGGCAUUCCAGAAGCUAAACUAUAUAAAGCCGAUAUUAUACAAACGAUGGGUGGAGGUGCCCAGAUUGUGUUCAAUGAUGUUGAAACGUUAAAACAGGAUUCGCCAAUUGGCGGAUCUCCGGUGAAAAACCGUAUCCAGGCAUAUAAUAAUGAAGUAAAGGCUCAUAGAGGCGGUCCAGAUGAUGUACAAGCAAAAUGCUACGGAAUUCAAGGAGGGUAUACUCCAACAUCAAGGAAAUGA